GCAAAGCUGGGGUGGGGCAGAUAGAAGAAGCGGGGGGAGGUUGCCAUUGAUAGAGACCACGAGCUCUCCUCCAAGCCACCGCUCCGCUCUGCAGGAGCCUCCUGAGUCCUGACCCUGCUUGCUGCCCCCCUGGAUCUCGGCCCUGCCCGCUGCCAUUGCCUCUGCCGCCACCCUCCCUGGCCACCCACCUACCCACUGCUCUACGACCACGGCCACACUUGUCUCCAGCCGCUCGGAUUGGAUCGCCUCGGCUCGAGCCCCGUCCGCGCGUCAGCAACUGGGUUCUCUUGAUAAGGGACUAGAGAUUGGACUGUUGAGUGGAGUUGGGGAUGGAGAAGAGGGGUGGCACUCCAUCGCCGUCGCCGAGGUCGACGGAGAAGUCCGGAAAGGACUUGACGAGGUCGGGGGACGCCAACGGCGGCGCGAGCGCCGGCGGCAACGCCACCCCGAAAGGCGACAAGGAGAAGGGAGUCAAUGUGCAGGUCAUCCUUAGAUGCAGGCCACUGAGUGAAGAUGAGACAAAGGGGAAUACUCCGGUGGUGAUAUCGUGCAACGAGCGCCGCCGGGAGGUCGCCGCCACUCAGGUCAUCGCCAAUAAGCAGAUUGACCGGACUUUCGCCUUCGACAAGGUCUUUGGCCCGUCAUCAAAGCAGAAGGACUUGUUUGAACAAUCCAUCUCACCAAUAGUGCAUGAGGUCCUUGAGGGCUAUAAUUGCACAAUUUUUGCCUAUGGGCAAACCGGUACCGGCAAAACCUAUACAAUGGAAGGAGGUGGAACCAGAAAGGCCAAGAGUGGUGAGCUCCCAACUGAUGCUGGAGUUAUCCCGAGGUCCGUCAGGCAAAUUUUCGACAUCCUUGAGGCCCAGUGCGCGGAGUACAGCAUGAAAGUCACCUUUCUUGAGCUUUACAAUGAAGAGAUCACUGAUUUGUUGGCUCCUGAUGAGCCAAGGUUCCCUGUGUUACCUGUCCCUGAGGACAAGAAUAAAAAGCCCAUUGCCCUUAUGGAAGAUGGCAAGGGUGGUGUUUUUGUUAGAGGGCUUGAAGAGGAGGUUGUGUACUCUGCUGGCGAAAUCUACAAGAUUCUUGACAAGGGCUCUGCAAAGAGGCGCACCGCAGAGACAUUGCUGAACAAGCAAAGCAGCAGGUCACACUCCAUAUUCUCAAUCACAAUUCACAUCAAGGAAUUGACUCAUGAGAGCGAGGAGAUGAUCAAAAUUGGGAAGCUUAAUCUCGUCGAUCUAGCUGGUUCAGAAAAUAUAUCACGCUCAGGUGCUAGAGAUGGCAGAGCGAGAGAGGCUGGGGAGAUCAACAAGAGUUUGCUCACACUUGGCCGUGUUAUUAAUGCUCUAGUCGAGCACUCUGGACAUGUCCCAUAUAGAGAUAGCAAGCUGACAAGAUUAUUGCGAGAUUCAUUGGGAGGGAAAACAAAGACUUGCAUUAUUGCUACAAUAUCACCUUCGGUAUAUUGCUUGGAAGAGACGUUGAGCACACUCGAUUAUGCACAUCGUGCAAAAAAUAUCAGGAACAAACCCGAGGUGAACCAAAAGAUGAUGAAAUCUGCUGUCAUCAAGGACCUUUACUCCGAAAUUGACCGCCUUAAACAAGAAGUGUUUGCGGCAAGAGAGAAAAAUGGUAUAUACAUUCCAAGAGAGCGCUACCUCCAAGAGGAAGCUGAGAAAAAGGCCAUGACAGAAAAAAUAGAAAAACUGGGAGUUGAUCUAGAGGCUAGGGAUAAGCAAUUGGUGGAACUAAAAGAACUUUAUGAUGCUCAAAUGCUUUUGAGUGCAGAGUUGGGCGAAAAACUCGAGAAAACUCAGAAAGAUCUGGAGGACACCAGGCAUGCUCUGCAUGAUUUAGAAGAAAAAUACAGUGAAGCAAAGUCUACUAUCAAAGAAAAGGAAUUUGUAAUAUCUAAUCUUCAGAACUCAGAAAAAUCACUGGUAGACUGUGCCUAUAAUCUCCGCGCAGAAUUAGAAAACGCUGCAGCAGAUGUUUCUGGUCUAUUCUCCAAAAUAGAGCGUAAAGACAAAAUAGAAGAUGGAAACAGGUCACUUGUGCAGAGAUUUAGAUCUCAACUGACCCAGGAGCUUGAUGCCUUGCAUAAAACCGUCUCCACUUCAGUGAUGCAGCAGGAGGAUCACCUCAAAGAAAUGGAAGAUGAUAUGCAGUCCUUCGUAUCUUCAAAAGAUGAGGCUGCACAAGGGCUAAAGGAGAGCAUACAAAACCUGAAAGCCCUGCAUGGUUCAGGUAUUACAGCGCUGGAUAAUUUAGCAGGCGAAAUUGACAUGAAUUCUCAGACAACAUUUGAGAAACUGAACUCACAAGUACAAUCACACACAUCAGAUCUUGAGAAAUGUUUCGGAGUAAUUGCUUUGGGAGCAGACAACUUGUUAAAUGAGCUUCAGUGUAGCCUUUCGAAACAAGAAGAGCGAUUAGCCCACUUCGCAAACAAGCAGCGGGAGGGACACCUAAGAGCCGUGGAAGCGUCACGGUCCAUCUCAAAUAUUACUGUUGGUUUCUUCCAUUCACUGGAUGUUCAUGCAUCUAAACUUACUAGUAUUUUGGAAGAAACACAAGGUGUGCAAGAUCAACAACUUAUUGAUCUUGAGAAGAAAUUUGAGGAGUGUGCAGCUAAUGAAGAAAAGCAACUUAUAGAAAAGGUGGCAGAGAUGCUUGCAAUUUCUAAUGCAAGAAAGAAGAAGCUAGUCCAAACGGCUGUAGGUGACCUUCGAGAGAGCGCUGUAAACAGGACAGGUCAGCUGCAGAAAGAAAUUUCAACAGCACAGGACUUCACCUCAUCCGUACGGGAAAAGUGGGGCUUUUACAUGGAAGAAACGGAGAAUAAUUACAUUGAAGAUACCACUGCAGUCGACAGUGGACGGUCUUGCUUGGCAGAAGUUCUUGUGGAAUGCAAAACUAAGACGGGCAUGGGUGCACAACAAUGGAAGAAUGCUGAGGAUUCUCUCUUCAGCCUUGGCAAAGGAAAUGUUGAAUCAGUAGAUAGCAUAGUCAGGACCGGGAGAGAAGCCAACCAAUUGCUGCGUUCCAAAUUGUCUGCCGCAGUAUCGACUACCCUUGAAGAUAUAGAUGUAGCAAACAAGGCUCUUCUUUCUUCCAUUGACAGCUCGCUGAAGGUUGACCAUGAGGCGUGCGCAAACAUUGUCUCCGUUCUCACCCCGUGCCACGGGGAAAUGACGGAGUUGAAGGGUGCGCAUUACCACAAGGUCGUGGAGAUAACCGGAAAUGCGGGGAAAUGCCUAGAGGAAGAAUACCUGGUGGAUGAACCGUCGUGUUCAACGCCAAGGAGGCGGGAAAUCGACCUUCCAAGCGCCGAGUCGAUUGAGGAGCUGCGGACCCCAGACUACGACGAGCUCCUCAGGUCGUUCCGCGAGUCGAGGGCUGGAUGGAGGCAGGCGAACGGAGACACGAAACACCUCCCGGAGGCGCAAGAAGAAUCUACAUCACCAUCGUCGGUCAGGGAUGCGAGGGUCCCCCUUAUAGCAAGAAAUUAGAUUCAUCCAGAUCAUCCUGUACAAAGGAGCCAUUUGUUUAGUUUUACCAUUUACCCAGUUGGUUUGCUGUUGAUAGUGCCAUCCAUUUGAUUAAUUGCUAUUGUCGGUUGAGGGGUUUGCUGUUCUUAGGCUGGUCACCAGUGAAGAGUAUGUGUACUUACUACUGCAUCAGUGUAUCUCAUGUAAUAUAUAUGUAUUUACAUAGGCAACACAGUGAAAGAAUAAUAUUUUUGAGCACCAAGGGAAGACUCAUUGAGCUGAA